AUGGAAAAUGAGAAGAGCUUUGCCAAUCUUAUCUGCACCAUUGUGGAAACCCAGAAGAAGGUAACUGAACAUAUUAGAAAGCAAGCAAAGAGAGAAGUGGAACGGGCUGAAGGAAUUAUUGAGCAAUUGGAGGAGGAGGUUGAGGAGCUGAGGAUGAUACAAGCUGAGCUGACUGAUUUUUUGGGGACAGAUGAUCACAUCUACUUCCUUCUGGGGAGAACAUUCCCAUCAGUGUACAUUCCACCUGAAGAUGAUAUUCUUCCAGAUAUCGUUGUAAGUACUGAAGAAUUGAGGGGAGCAUUAUUCAAUGUAAAAGAUUUGGAGAAGAUCAGCAAGUGGGAAGUAAAUCCAGAUUACUGUCACUUCACUUUGGACCCUAAAUCAACACACACAAAUCUCUGUUUAUCUGAGAAGAACACAGUGGUGACAUGGAAACAAGAUAAGCAAAUCUUUUCAGAUAGUCCACAUUGGUUUGACUCCUUCUUUCAAAUUCUGUCUAAAGAAGGACUGUCUGGAAAUCGCUUUUACUGGGAAGUGGAGUGGAGUGAAACUGCUGAAAUUGGAGUCACAUACAAAAGAAUCAGCAGGAAAGGAGAAGGUAAUGAAUGUUGUCUUGGAUGUAAUGAUAAGUCAUGGAGUUUGUUUUGCUGUUGUUCCAGUACCUCAGCCUGGCACAAUAAUCAGGAGACUGAACUAAAUGUAGAAGCCAGUAGCAAAAUUGGUGUGUAUUUGGAUUGGCCUGCUGGCAUUCUGUCAUUUUACAAUAUUUCUGAUACCAUGACUCUCCUUCACAGUUUUGAAGCUGAUUUCACUGAACCACUGUACCCUGCAUUUUGGCUUUUGGUUUAUACCCCAACCAUAAAAAUCUGUGCUCCAGAAUAA